GCCCCGCCCCCGCAGGCCCCGCCCCGCUCCCGUGCGCUGAACGCCCCAUAUCCGGGUUCCCGCCGCCUCCACCGCCGCCGCCUCAGCCGCCUCGCAUAUUUAGUCUUGCCGGGAGUGGUGUGAUUCCCGACCAAGAUGGCGGCAGUGGGGAGAGUCGGCUCCUUCGGUUCUUCUCCGCCGGGAUUAUCUGCGACUUACACAGGCGGCCCCUUGGGCAACGAGAUAGCGUCGGGCAACGGUGGCGCCGCGGCAGGCGACGACGAGGACGGGCAGAACCUUUGGUCCUGCAUCCUCAGCGAGGUCUCCACCCGCUCGCGCUCCAAGCUCCCUGCGGGGAAGAACGUGCUACUGCUGGGUGAAGAUGGAGCCGGAAAAACAAGCUUAAUAAGAAAAAUUCAGGGAAUAGAGGAGUAUAAGAAAGGAAGAGGACUGGAAUAUUUGUACUUAAAUGUGCAUGACGAAGACAGGGAUGAUCAAACAAGAUGUAAUGUAUGGAUCUUAGAUGGAGACCUGUAUCACAAAGGCCUCCUUAAAUUUUCACUGGAUGCCGUAUCUCUGAAGGAUACCCUAGUUAUGCUGGUUGUUGACAUGUCAAAGCCUUGGACUGCUUUGGAUUCUUUACAGAAAUGGGCAAGUGUUGUUAGAGAACAUGUUGACAAACUGAAAAUCCCUCCUGAAGAAAUGAAACAAAUGGAGCAAAAGUUGAUUAGAGACUUCCAAGAAUAUGUAGAACCAGGAGAAGACUUCCCAGCUUCUCCCCAGAGAAGAAAUACUGCGUCACAAGAGGACAAAGAUGACAGUGUAGUUUUACCUCUGGGUGCGGAUACACUUACACAUAACUUGGGCAUUCCAGUACUAGUAGUUUGCACAAAGUGUGAUGCCAUUAGUGUAUUGGAGAAAGAACAUGACUACAGAGAUGAACAUUUUGAUUUUAUUCAGUCACAUAUCCGGAAGUUUUGUUUACAGUAUGGUGCAGCACUUAUUUACACUUCAGUAAAAGAAAACAAAAAUAUAGACUUAGUAUAUAAAUACAUCGUUCAGAAACUAUAUGGAUUUCCCUAUAAGAUUCCUGCUGUUGUUGUGGAAAAGGAUGCAGUAUUUAUUCCAGCAGGGUGGGAUAAUGAUAAGAAAAUAGGAAUAUUACAUGAAAAUUUUCAAACAUUAAAAGCAGAAGAUAAUUUUGAAGACAUCAUAACUAAACCACCUGUUCGAAAGUUUGUACAUGAGAAGGAAAUUAUGGCAGAAGAUGAUCAAGUGUUUCUUAUGAAGCUACAGUCCCUUUUAGCAAAGCAGCCACCAACUGCAGCUGGAAGGCCUGUGGAUGCUUCACCAAGAGUCCCAGGAGGCUCCCCGCGAACACCAAAUAGAUCUGUAUCAUCUAAUGUUGCCAGCGUAUCACCCAUCCCUGCUGGGUCAAAAAAAAUUGAUCCAAACAUGAAAGCUGGAGCUACAAGUGAAGGUGUUCUGGCAAAUUUCUUCAACAGUUUGUUGAGUAAAAAGACUGGCUCUCCAGGAGGCCCUGGUGUGAGUGGUGGUAGCCCUGCAGGUGGGGCUGGAGGUGGAAGCAGUGGUUUACCACCAUCCGCCAAAAAGUCAGGCCAGAAGCCUGUCUUAGAUGUUCAUGCGGAACUAGAUAGAAUUACACGAAAACCAGUUACAGUUUCUCCCACAACACCUACAUCUCCUACGGAAGGAGAAGCUUCUUGAAGAUACCAAAUAAAGCCAUUUAUUCAGUUUUCUGGGAUAAAGUAAACAUGCCUCUGCCUUUUCCUUCAAAAGUGGAAUUAGAAAGCUGGAGUGCUUCUUCAGAUGGACUAAAUUUAUGUCUUUUGUGUGUGUGUGUGUGUGUGGUUGCCCAUUUUUUAGAAGGAGCUAUACAGAAGAAAAAUUAUUCUACAUUAUGUAGGAUUGCUGUUUGCAUUGCCAUUUUGCAUAAGGAAGUAAUUUUUGAUUUUGAAAAUCUCAAAACUUUUAGAUCUGAAAUACAACCAUGUGAUCGUAUUCUAAAGGCUAUUUAAAACGUAAAAAGAGUUUAGGGGAAGGGCAGAAAACAUGCAAUCUGGGCAUUGACUGACUUGGAAGUCUAAGCUUAUUUUAGUUAUAACUAUUAAAAUCAUUUUUAAAAAUUUGUUAGUUUUGCUGACAGAGAAAAAUCGUCAGUUGUCAGAUUUUGCACACCAAAAUAAAUGUACCACCACACACGGAAUAUGCUAAGAAAAUUAUCAGAUAGCGUUUGAUACACUAGUCAUUGUCUCAAUCACUGAUCCUGUAAGUUGUCACCAAAAUAUGAUUUAGAAAUACUGGCCAAGGUGUUUCUUUAACUGAGAAGAAAAGAAAGCACACUGCCUAAAUGUGUAAAAGAAAAAUGCAGAGGUUAUUCAAAUGUAAAGAGGUAACAAUCUUUGGAUUUGUCUAUACAUAUAUAUAUAUAUGGCUUUGCCUUAAUAUACCCCCUUUUUUGUUUGUGACUUUCAACUGUAAUCAGUUAAUAAAGUAUUUAUUCUCUGCAUUCAGGUUCAAA